UGAAAUCCCAUCCGCGGCCGCCGCGGCCGCCUCCCCGAGGGGCGGGCGCAGGAGGCAGCCCCCGGGGUAUAAAGGCGGCGGCGGGGCGGGCAGGUAGCGCUGCUCGGGGGCCGCGGGAGCCGCAGCACCGACGGGACGGCACCGACGGCACGGCGCGGCGCGGCACGGCACCGACGGCACGGCACGGGACGAUGCGGGCGCUGGUGGCGCUGCUGGCGGCGCUGAGCUGCGCGGCCCCGGCGGGGCGGGCGGCGGCGCCCGGCGGCGCCCUCAGCUCCAACGCCAUCAAGGGGGGGGCGGCCGCCAGCGCCGCCCCCGCCGCCGCCGCCGCGCCCUUCGACGGCAGCAACAAACCUCCGCCGGCCGCCACCCGGCAGCCCUUCCCGUGCGCCGAGGACGAGGACUGCGGCCCCGACGAGUUCUGCGGGGGGGCGGCCCGCGGCGGGGGCGCCCCGCUCUGCCUCGCCUGCCGGAGACGCCGCAAGCGCUGCCUGCGCGACGCCAUGUGCUGCCCGGGCACGGCCUGCAGCAACGGGCUCUGCACGCCCCCCGAGCCCCCUCCCGGCGCCGCCGAGCUGGACGAGACCGGCGCCGAGGCGCUGCCCCGACGGACGCCCGCGCCCGCCUGGCUGCCCGCCCGCAAAGGUGAGGAGGGGGACUUCUGCCUGCGCUCGUCGGACUGCGCGGCCGGGCUGUGCUGCGCCCGCCACUUCUGGUCCAAGAUCUGCAAGCCGGUGCUGCGGGAGGGGCAGGUGUGCACCAGGCACCGGCGGAAAGGCGCCCACGGGCUGGAGAUCUUCCAGCGCUGCCAGUGCGCCGAGGGGCUGGCGUGCCGCCUGCAGCGAGACCACGGCCCCCCCGACGCCUCCCGCCUGCACACCUGCCAGCGGCACUGAGCAUCCCCCCCACGACGGGACGGAUGGAUGGGAUGGACGGACAGAUGGAAUAGACGGACGGGACAGACUCCGGCCCCGCUUGUGGGGGGCUCCCCUCCUGCACCCGCAGCCGGAGCGGAAGGUUGUUUCUCUAGGGAACUACUUUUAAGUGACUAAUUGCAGUACGUUACUGUGUUGUGAAUACUCGAGGUGGCACUUAGCUGUACAUACGCCGGGACUUUUAACGAUUAUUCCGAGGGUGCUGCCUUGUGCUCUUCAAGCCAUGACUGUGACUUUGUACACACUGGGUCUUAAAUUGAGUUCGACGGAUGCGACCGCCUGUUUGUGAGCCAAUAAACGAGUUCUUCAAAGCGCGCCUGAGCUGCCUGCGGGAGGGGAGAGGCGGCCCCACGCCGAGCCUGGGGGGGAGAAACCCUGAGGGUGGGGGGGAGCGGGGCGGACGCCUCCUGCCUGGUUUUCACAUGGGGCGAGGAGGGAGUGAAGGAGGCAUCGCUGGCGCCAACCGGGGGCGCAUGCCCCGACCGCAGCGAGCUGAGCAGGAGCUCAGCAUCUCCAUCUGUGCACCAAGCUGUGCGGUCUCUCUGCUCUAGGCACAAUAAAAACUUUUUUUUUUUGCUUCA